CCUGCAAUACAGGAGUAAAUAGACGAGCCCUUUAAAUAGCUCGGUACAGAAACCAACAAAUCAGUCUUUCUAGAGAAUCAAUUGGUAUAGUACAAUAAGCAUAUCAAUACUACAACUAUAAUUUAACAUGACUCCAUUCCCAGCUAUUAUUUUGAGUUUGUUCAUUUGCGCGUUAUCACUUUAUUCAACUACUGGCUUUCCCGUUGACGAUCUACUGGAACAGCAAAGACAUGAAAAUAUGGAACUUAGAGAACUUUUAGUGUCUACAGAGAGUCGAAUAGAAGCGUUGCAGCAAAAAAAUGUUAUUUUGAAAGACCUGGUUAUCAAAAUGGAAAUUGAAGCACUCAGACAGUUUGAAAGAGCAUCAACUACACCGAGGCCAAGGUUUGAUUCUUCUACUACCGUCAGGCUCCUUGGCGACGUAGUCCCUAUGAGUCUUCCUGCGGUCAAACACGACUAAAAAAAUCAAAAAUUUUAUUUAUAAAGUAAAUUUUGUGAAAAUACAAUCAAAGCAUAGAUUCACGACA